GGACCGAUGGCUUGCGAAGAACUCGAAGUAGAAUUAUGGAUAAAUGUGGAUAGAUAUAUUCAAAAAUUAACCAACCCAAAAAUUAAACUAGCUAUUUCUGGAGUUGUUUUUCCAACGCGCGAGGGUAUAUUACCUGAACCAAACAUAACAGACGGGAAAAAGUACUACAUCAGCAACGAUACUUUGUCCAAAAUGAGUAAAUGGUUGAAAGACAAUGAAGAAAACUUUGAAGACAUUAAAUACGACGCGAUUGUAUACGUGACAAGUUCGCCGCUGAAGAAUUAUGAUGACGACAGACAGAGAUAUGUUAAUGAUAAUUAUAUGACAGCUCCAUUUGUCUGUCAUUACAAGAAUAAUAAGAAAAGUGAAGCGACUAGGCCUCCUGGAGGAAUUUUUUAUUAUAAUAAUGAUAGAGACAAAUUUGGUAUUAAUAAUAUUUACGGUGCAUACUUUAUUGCUGAAGGAUUUGGAGUUCCAUAUGAUCAAGAUGUUGGAUGCCAAGGUGGUUAUGUGAUGGACAAUUGGAACCGAAAUUAUGAUUCUUCCUGGUCUGAAUGCUCAUUGUCGGCUUUUCAGAAGAUAGAGAAAAAUUCAUCUUAUUCCUGUUUGAAGUGGACCCUGGAAUCCAUAAAGUCAGACCAAGAUUACGACGAUUCAUGAAAAUUGAUAUAAAACAAUUGUUUAUGUAGAUAUUUAAGAACGAAAAUACAACUUGUCCUCAUUUAAGCAACAGUGAACAACCGAUUUCUCAGCAUAGCUCACGCAACCGGUUUUUCAAAUACACUUGUCUUUAUACGUUACGUAAAUGUAAUCAAGGACUACACAUACAACAUUAGACCGUACAUUGUAUGACAAAAUGACAAUAUUAUAUAUUUAUACAUCUAAUGUAUCAGAUAUACAAAACUCGGAUGCGUUUCUACCGCUGCCAUUUAAAAAAAGCUAGCAUUUACAUACUAAGCUUUUUGCAACGGGAAACUUCUUUAAUGCCGGUAAUAAAUUUCAUAAUAACUUUAUGGUUUAUGAGCUAUCUCUCAUUAGCGCUGCGGGCGAUUGUUUUUACAGUUCGAAAAUAUUUUAGUGAGUUAUUGUAGAUUUAUACAUUCUUGCUAUCAAAUAAUUGCGGUAAGUAUUCUUUACGUUGAUGCACUUUCACCUGUUGAAAUAUUAGAAGAGAUUCCGAAAUUGCAUUAACCCUAUACUUAAAUAAUACCAUUUAUUGCAAGUCAACUUUGACUUACACACAGAAAAAAAAUU